AUGACAUGUCCUUCCUUUCCGGCUGUCCCCGAUCCGAUCCUUCCGGUUCCCUCUCGCUUCCGCUUCUUCCUUCCCUCCCCCCUCCUCCCCCCCCUCGUCGUCGUCCCCACCGUCUUCGCCGUCCUCGCCGUCCUCGCCGUCCCUGCCCUCCCCAGUCUCCUCGUCAACGGUCAUCGCAUGCCGCCCGGACCCCUCCACCGCUUUUCGCGCCUACCCUCGCAAUGGAGCGCCCGCCUCAGCCCCAACAUGGCCUCUAGGCUCCCAACCUCCAUCCUCCCGCCUGUCUCUCCCUUCCCCCGUCCCUCGCCAUCACCUCCACCUGUCUCUCGCACCCACGUCCUCCUCGCGCGUGGCUCACCACUGUGUAUCCCCUCCUUCAAUGCCCGGGCAACCAUUUUCACCUGA